AUGUCCCACUUGACCUCUCACCACACUCUGCCUCCCUUUCCAGAAGGUGAAAAGACCGCGCCGCUCGUUUCUGUAUCUUUCGCCAAGCUCGAAGCUGGAGAAAGAAGUGCCUCAGCAGCGUUCUUUAAGGCCUGUAAAGAGCUGGGCUUUUUCUACCUUGACUUCCUUGGGUCCAAGCUGGGAGAAACCAUUGUGUCUGAGGCGGAGAAACUGAACAAAAUUCAAAAAGAAUUCUUCGCUUUACCUAACGAAGUCAAGGAUGUUUACGGGCGACCCCACCUACACCCUUUCUACGCCUAUCGAUACACUGAAACCGAAGGAAAGGAUGAGAAUGGUGCUUCACUCAGGAAUGCAAACUACAAUCUGCGCAAGGACGAUAUACUGGGCCAAUGUGAACGUCUUGCUUGUCACCCUAUGAUUCUCGACAAUCAAGCUCUCUUCGAAGAUUACGUCAGGCAUUGUCGAGCUGCGGUAAACAUCCUCUUAGAGCACCUCAACACACAUCUUGAGCUUCCGGCAGGAACUCUAGCCAAUCUACAUCGUAUCAACGAGCGUUCCGGUGAUCACGUCCGUUUCACCCAAAACCAGCCACACGCCUUCGACGAGGAGCGUGCACGUCGAGCCGAGCAUACCGAUUUCGGCUCUUUAACCGUUCUUUUCAAUUGGUUGGGUGGUCUGCAAAUUCGUACCCCCGAUACCAAUGAGUGGGUAUAUGUCCGACCCAUCCCUGGGUCUUGCAUCGUCAAUCUCGGUGAUGCUAUGGUCAAAUUUACUGCCGGAAUCUUGCGAUCGAACAUACAUCGCGUCGUGCCAGCGCCCAGCACACAAGCCCACUUGACAAGGAAUAGUUUGGUCUUCUUCACACGCCCCGAAGAUGCUGUCAUCCUCAAAAGAUUGCAAGGCGGUAUCAUCGAUGCACAGCCGCAAUCUAGCGAACCCGAAGCCGAGAUGACAAGUCAUGAUUGGAUCAUGAAGAGGGGUACAGGCCAGCUUCCGGGCAUUUUUACAUCAAAGGGCUUUGAAGAGAGAGUUUAUGAUGCACCAUCACAUAUAGCUCCCUCACGUUCUAUACCUGCUUAA